UUGUUUCACUUACGUCUUUGCUCUUCUGAACGCCGCACGCUUUUUGCUCUGCUCCGGUUCGCCUCGUCUCUCAUCGCACACCAUCCUUUAAAACACACUCACACUCGCACCGAGUCGCCCGACAGACGCGGCGGAAAGAAAACAAAUCGAACAAGGAAUAUCUUUUUAUAUUCCUAUUGUGAAUAUUUCAAAUAGUGCAAAAAUUGAUAUUAUUAUAAUCAAAAAAGCAGAAUCAAAAAAGAAUUUAAAAAUAAACCGCAACUAUUUUUGUGCAUUUUGUUUUGCUCUCAGCAUCCAUCGAAAGUUUGUGUGUUGUUUGCCGAACGAGUGAAUAAAAGAAAAACGCGCAAUAAAUCGCAGAAAAUCUGUACGUGUGUUAUACACACCUAAGUGUCCUGCAGGAAGGACCUCGGAUUUUGGAUUUCGGACACGACCCGCUCGGAUUUACAAAUUCAAGGAUUAUUAAUUUCCAAUUGUCAACGAGAAUCACUGAAACACAGUGUGUGCGCGAAUUAAAAAACAAAAUUCUCGCAGAGUUCUCUAAACGAUCUUGAAUCAUCCACAACAACAUGGGCGAACUCGAAGAGAAGGAAACCCCGCCCACUGAGACCACAACAGCAAGCCAGCAGGAUACGCUGGAGGAGCCCAAGGAAACGGACAAAAUGCUGGACAAGAAAGAAGAGGAUGCCAAGGAGAAGACCCCAAGUCCACAGACCUCAAAGCCAGCAUCUCCCAAUGCCGGCAAGAAGGCAUCACCUCUGGCAGAAAAGAAAACUGCUGGAGAUUCUACUGAAUCAGACAAGACAAAGCCGGGUAAUGGCGAGGAGAUCAUUGAUAUACCCGCCGAGAAUGGCACCAAGCCGGAGGGCAACGAUGACAAGAAGAUCAGCAAGGAAGAGCGUGAAGUGAAGCCCAAAAAGAUACCGAUUGGUGGCCUCAAGCUGCCUGGUUUCUUUAUGAAGAACAAACCCAAGGUUGAGGGCGAUGGAGCUGAAGGCGAGCUGCUUGAAAAGGAGAAGGAGGAGGAAAAGGAUAAGGAGGCGAAUGGUGAGGGAGCAGCUGCCUCUGGCAAAGAUGAGCAGAAAUCUCGGCCAGGACUGGGUGAGCGUCUGCGCAGCUUCUUUGCGCGUAAACCAUCGGCCGAAAAGGAGAAGAAACAGUUGGUUAAUGGAGAUGCCGAUGCCAAGUCAGAAGCCACCGCUGAAGCCACCCCAGCUGAAGAUGCCUCGGAGGCACCGCCCCAAAAGCGAGGCCUGCUCAAUGCCAUCAAGCUGCCCAUUGCCAAUAUGAUACCCAAGAAAAAGAGCAGCGAGGAUGUGGAACUAGGCUUGGGCAAAGCCGGUCUGGCCUCCAUGGAGACUCUUGAUGAUUCUUUAAAAGAUCAGGACACUGUUGACAGGGCUCCGGUGAAAACCAAUGGCACCGAUGAUCUGAAAAGCGAUCUCAAGGAUGAGAAGCUGGCAGCGGAGCAGAAACUGGCCGCCGAGGAGGAGGAACGUGAGCGUCCCGUCUCCCUGUUGAGUCGCCUGCGUGGCUACAAAUGCAGUGUGGACGAUGCGCUGAUUGUGUUUGGAAUCCUGCUGUUUAUAUUGCUGCUUGGCGUGAUUGGUUAUGUGCUAACCCAUGAGACUCUGACAUCGCCGCCGCUACGCGAAGGACGCUUUAUACUGGCAGUGACAAGCUGCGGUCCCGUGGAGGGUGUCAAAGAAGAUGGAGCCUUUGCCUUCCGCGGCAUCCCCUAUGCCAAGCCACCGGUGGACAGGCUGCGUUGGAAGCCAGCCGAGCUGAUAGAUGAUAUCAAUUUGUGCUGGAACGAUACCUUGCCUACGCACAACAGCAGCGUUGUGUGCACGCAGAGACUGGGCAAUGGCACCACUGUGGGUGAUGAGGAUUGUCUGUACUUGGAUGUGGUCACCCCACAUGUGCGUUACAAUAAUCCCCUGCCUGUGGUGGUAUUGAUUGGUGCCGAAUCUUUGGCUGGACCUUCGCCAGGAAUCCUUCGUCCAUCGGCCCGCUACUCUCGCUCUCACGAUGUGAUCUUUGUGCGUCCCAACUUCCGCUUGGGAGUGUUUGGUUUCCUGGCUCUUGAUGCUCUCUCCAAGGAGUCACAUCCCCCGACAUCGGGCAACUAUGCGCUCACCGAUAUCAUUGCCGUUCUGAAGUGGAUUAAGCUGAAUAUUGUGCACUUUGGUGGUGAUCCCAAGUCGGUGACUUUGCUGGGACAUCGGGCAGGAGCCACACUUGUAACUGUUUUGGCCAGCUCACCCAAGCUUAAGGAUCUGUACACCAGGGCCUGGGCCUCGUCUGGAUCGGCUAUUCUGCCGGGAAAACCACUGACGGAGUCUGAGAAGCUCAACCAACAGCUGAUGGGCACUUUGGAGUGCGCGGAUGUGGAAUGUUUGCGCGAGGCAUCCAGCGAACGCUUGUGGGCCGCCACUCCCGACACCUGGCUGCACUUCCCCGUAGAUCUGCCCCAGCACCAAGAGGUCAAUUCCAGUGGCAGUCGUCACGAGUGGCUGGUUCUGGACGGAGAUGUGCUCUUCGAACAUCCCUCGGAGUCGUGGAAACGCGAACAGUUCACGGACAAGCCGCUGCUGGUGCUGGGAGCCACGGCUCAUGAGGCGCACACCGAGAAGCUGCGCGAGCUGCAUGCCAACUGGACGCGGGAGGAGGUACGUGAAUAUCUGAGCAACUCGCAAAUUGGAGCCUUGGGUCUCACCGAUGAGGUCAUGGAGCACUACAAUGCCAGCAGCUAUGCGUCUUUGGUAUCCAUUAUUACGGACAUAAGGAGUGUGUGCCCGCUGCUAACGAAUGCCAGGCUGCAGCAGAGCGUUCCCUUCUAUGUGGUCACCCAGGGCGAGGGUGUAGAUCAGCUGGCCACCGUGGAUGCUGAUGUGCAGGCCAUCCUGGGACGGUAUGAGCCUCACACCGUGGAGCAGCGUCGCUUUGUGUCUGCCAUGCAGCAGCUCUUCUACUACUAUGUGUCCCAUGGCACGGUGCAGUCGUUCGAUCGCAAUCGCAGGGUCAUCAAUGUGGGCCAGGAUGCGCAGCCGCAGGAGGACUACCUGACGUGCAACUACUGGAUCCAAAAGGAUAUAGUGCCGCGAUAUGCGCGUGUCGAUUAAGCGAACUAAAAAAAAAAACCCAAGACCCUGCUGCUUAUCCUUCUUUCUCUUCUUUCUUUAUCCAACUGGAGAGGGAUUAAUUGCCUGGAAUUUCCAAAUUAUAAUUAUAAUUUAUAGAUUUAUAAUUUAUAAAUUUAUAAUUUAUAAUCAUAAAUUAUGACUAAAAAGUCCGUGUUUAUCAUUCUCCAGUUGACUUGUAGCUGUAGCUUCGUUUAUCCCUUCGACUUCGUUUCGAGUUUAGUUUAGCCUAAGUGAAUCUAGUGUUUAUAUAUAUAUAUAUAAAGAUAUGUCUUAGUUCUCGUACAGUUUAAGUUGUAAGCUUUUUAAGUAACUACUACUUACUCCAUCAAGCGUCGUCUCUCUAAUCUUAAUCAUAAAUACAACACACACACAAUGACACAAGAAAAACACAAAUAAAACAUCACAAAAAAUCACAAAAUAUAUAUACAAAAUUAUACUUGAAAAGUAUAGAUCUGCGUCUUUCAACUAUCCAACCAAAAAACACAAGCACACACUUAUCUAUAUGCUAAAUACUAUAAAACCAUAAAUAAAACUAAGAGGGAGUACAUAGGCCACACAGCCGAGCUGGAAAUAAAUCGAAAAAAUUGUAUAUCGAUGUAAGGGAUAAUUGAAAAAAUUCGAUUAAUCGAUUUAGUUUCCAGCUCUGCCCACAAAGGUUUUUGAUUUCUGCCAAAAAACUGAUCACCGAACGACCAACGAUGACGAUGAAACCUUUUUUGAUACUACUUUUACACCGAAACUCAAGACUCAAGAGCAAGAAGCAAACCGAAUUCAUUUAGAUUUAGUGGCUGGAAGGGUGAGUCCCUCCCCCUUUGAAAGUGUUGCAAACAUUUCGAGAGACUGUCUGAGGAAUGAAUUUAAGGACAUUUAUAUAUUUAAUUCGUUCAAUUCACUUGGGAGCAUCUAUAAAUACGCCUCUUUAUAUAUAAAUAUAAAUCGAAUUAAAACCGAUAUUUGUAUGGAUAACAAAACACACAUUUUUGUAUAGCUUUAUAUGUAAUGUAUAUUAUUAAUAAUCGAACCAACAUUCUCCAUUGUUUUAUACAAGACUUAUACUCACAACAGAUAUAUAUGACAUCAAAACGAAAUUGAAAUUGAAAUCAAGAAUCAAAAUCUGAGAAAAUCGUAAAGUACAUUUAUGUUCACAAAAUGUUUAUAAUAAAUGGAAAAAAUUAAAAAUAUGAAAAA